GUUGGCUGCCAUAUUACUACGAUUGUCUGUGUGGACAGUAUCAUGCUCCUUCGCCUACUCCUCCAUCUCUGACGGCUGCGCAUUGCGUGGAUUUCCUAGACGCAGUCGGUCGGCCCGCGGAUGGACGCCUCGUCUGUGAUCGCUGGCUCUUCCAGUUCCACUAAUGCACAGAUCCCUUCCUCGAGCGAGCCAUCUACUCGCUCGCGCAGUAGCACCAAGAUCGUCGACGACGUCACGAGCCUGACAUCCUUCAAUCCAUUCUCUGAAGAAGAUGAACAUGACCAGUCCUCAUAUGCCAUAGUAACGUCCCUGUUCUCCAAGGUCCGGAACACCCUCGCCGCUCCCCUGCACUCAGCAGUAGCUUCUGGUACACCCGGACCAUCCAUAGCAAGUAAUGCACAGCCAGGACAAGCUGCUGAACAGCGACGCCCUUCACUCUCAACUGCAGCAUCGUACCAGUCGAGCAAGUCGGAGCGGAGUAAUCGCUUCAACGUCGCUGCUUCGCGCCCUGCUCCUCCGCAGGUCUCAUUGACUCCCGUCGUUUCUGAGACUCCUUCAUACGACAUCGACUACGACAGACCACCUUCCCGCAAUGGAUCCCUCUACGCCCCGGACACUCCAGAUGGCGGCGGAGUGUAUGGCACAGCCAUUCCGGGGUUCCCUAUCCAGGACAGUGAUGCCAGAAGCAUCAGGACACAGGGUAGUCUCAGAAGGUCCGCUUCGGUGUCUAAAGUCAUACGGAGGAUUCGAGGAGAAGGUCUAUCCCGAGAUUAUUGGAUGGACGACAAGCUUUGCAAGGAAUGCUACGACUGCAAGAGCGUGUUCACGGCUUGGCGCAGGAAACACCAUUGUCGUAUAUGCGGGCAGGUCUUCUGUUCCCGCUGUGCUUCCAACGUGAUCAAGGGCGCGCGCUUCGGCCAGGAGGGUAUGGUCCGCGUCUGUAACCUCUGUCUGGAGAAGCUAGCCAAGGUGGACGAUAAUGAUGACGAUGACCGGCGGUCUGUCACAUCCAGCAUGGCUUCUCCGUUUGCCACACACCAGCUUGGUCACCUUGGUGCCGAUUCGUUCUCAUUCUCCCUCGCGAACCAGCCCCAGUCUCCGUUCGCUGCGUCGCAGCUGUUCGGACGUACGGAUGAGCCGUUCAAUCUGUUCUCCAUCGCCGAGACUAAGAGGCAUCCCGGCUCUAGCGAUGCGUUCUUACCGUUCGAUCCGAGUAUGUCUUACUACGACGGUCGCGGUGAUAAGGCAACUCGGGAGAACCCCGUCCCCUUCCGCCGCACCCUCUCGGAAGAAGACAAGGAUAACCUAGCAUUGCCCGAGAGGUUCAACAACGACGACUCCCCGACCGCCCCAGGAGCGAAAACGCCCAUUGACUUCCCCGUCACGUUCCCAGUGUCGGUGGAUGGCGCAACCAGCUCUGUGCAGUUCCCGGCGAGUUCUCCGGAUCGUAAUCAUCCGUUUGAGAGUCCAGGGAUGCUCAGAUCGCGGUUCAACUCGUACGCCGACUUCGAUCCCUCGACUCCGUUCAUUCGCAGUCGCGUACAGAGCAGACUGAACGAGAGCUUCAACUUCGGCGAGCCGGGAUGGCGGACAAGGCGAGAGAGCACGGCCUACGCGCAGGAACUGAACCUCAUCUCUAUGUUCCAUCUCCGAAUGAUGUUGAGGCAGCUGCUCACCGCCGAGCAAAUACCCAACGUCGGAGAGUGGGAGGAGACCUUGCUCAAGCUGAGUUUGCGCAUCGCGCGUGAGCUCACGUUCACAGCGCACCCUCAGCGGCAGGGUGCGGACAUGGACGUGCGGCGAUAUGUCAAGAUCAAGAAGAUCCCUGGAGGUGCUCCACAGGACUCGGAAUACGUCGACGGAGCGGUCAUCACGAAGAACGUCGCCCAUAAGCAGAUGCUGAAGGCCCACCGUAACCCUCGCGUCAUGCUGGUGACAUUCCCGCUUGAGUUCCACCGAGUUGAAGGCCAGUACAUGCACUUCGGCCAGAUCCUGCGGCAGGAGAAGGACUACCUCGGUAACCUCGCCAGUCGUAUCGCUGCGUUGCGCCCGCAUGUUGUAUUGGCGGAGAAGUCUGUGUCGAGGCUCGCGCUCGACGCGCUCGCCAAGCAUAAGAUCGCCGUCGCUAGGACUGUCAAGCCCUCUGCCAUCCAGUUUGUGGCGAGGAUGACGCAGGGAGACGUGUUCUCAUCAAUGGACAAGCUCGCCCUAGAGCCCCGUCUCGGACAUUGUGGGCGGUUCCGCAUCCAGACCUUCGACCACCCUCUCAUUCCCGGUCGACGGAAAACGUACAUGCGCUUCGAAGGGUGCAACCCGGAGAUGGGCUGCACAAUCGUCCUGAGGGGCGGCGACAUCGAUACUCUGCGACGGGUCAAGAAGGUCACUCGAUUCCUUGCGUUCAUCGUGCGCAACCUGAAGCUGGAGACGCAUCUGUGGAAGGAUUCUGUCAUCACCUUGCCCGCACUCACCGCAGAAGCCACGCCUUCGCUGACGACUUACCCCUCAGUGCCCAUUUCGGGCCCCAGUUCGUCGACUCCUCCGUUGACGCUGUCUGCGCCCAUGCUGCAGUCGGUCUCGUCACCUCUGACCGGCAUAUCCGAGAAUCAUGUUGAUGCCCACUCCAAUAUGGACGACCUCCCCGACGAGGAGGCGGAGCAGCUACGACUCUCUACGCGAAUCGAAGUAUCUCUCGAGCCAUAUCGUAGGACAUUCAUAUCGGUGUCCGCCACGCUCCGAUUUCCACCUCCAUAUCCUAUACGGCGGAUGAAGGAGCUUGACGACGGGCUUUUCCGCGUGAAGCGAGAAUGGGAGGACGAAAUUGUACGCUGGGAGGAGAAAGCCUCAUCCGAGCAUAGGCAGGAAGAGACGAUAACGCAUGGUCAGGAGGCGACUAUCACCGCGAGUCGCGCGGUGACUCCUGAUCCUAACGAUGUUGCGGCCCAGAUCGAGUCGUUGCAGAUGCCUGACAUCCUCAUCACGCCGAUUGCCUCGAACUUGUCACCCGGCGGGCCCGGCUAUUUCGACCUCACACCGACAGUGGCGCAGGUCGUUGCAGCUUCUCCAGUCCCUAUGACGCCCGCCGAGGAGGCCCCGACACAGCUGAAGACGGUCGAGGACAUACGACUCGAGAGCCGUCUCAGCUACGUAAAGUGGCAGCAUGCUGAACAGCGGAGGAUCUGGGAGUGGUACCUCCGCAAGAACAACGACGAUUUCAAUGUGGAGAAGUACCAGUGCAUCAGUUUGUGGGAGGCUACCAUGCCAACCACCGAGCUUGGUCUCCACAGGGCGUGCUUCCCUCCGAAGCUGAAGUAUAUCACCUUCUAUGGGGAGAACGAUUGCACUCUAGGCCAGUUCAUUGAGAAGGCCGUCAUGGAUACCCUUGUCUUGUUCCUGGACCCGAAGGCGAUCUGCGAGAACAAGAGCUGCAACGAACCGCUUGCCCGUCACGGCAAGGUCUUUGUCCACAACGAGACACGGCUCUUCGUCGCAGUCGAACAGUGGGAUGGGCAGAUCAUCAAUCGUACAUCCGCCAACGAAGGCAUCAUCACCUGGAGCGCUUGUCGGCUAUGCCGCUCAGCUACGCCUUUCAUUCCCGUCUCCCCAGAGAUGCAGAGGUACUCGUUUGCGAAGUUCUUGGAACUCCACUUCUACCCAGCGGACGUCCAGCUUGUCCAAGGAGCAGGAUGCCAGCACAACAUCUACCAGCACCACAUUCGAUACUUCGCCAUUCGAGGCAUGACCGUGCGGUUCCAAGCGGACCCUAUCACGCUACACGAGGUCGUCUACCCACCUAUGCGCAUUCGCGUCCGCCCUGAAACUCAGCUAGAGAUCAGGAAUUCCGACUUUGAGCGCCUUCAUCGCCGCAAUGAGCUCUGGUAUUCGGCUCUGAUUGACGACCUCAAGCUCAUCAACAUCGAUGCCGCGACUGGGGAUGAGGACGCAGACGCGAGACUGACCGCUGAGAUCAACCUGCUGAUCACCAAAGCAGAAUGGGAAAAACAGGACAUCGCCAGGCUGAUCAACAGGAUCUACCGAGAGACGCCGCCGACAGAUACCCUUGCAUUGAAUCAGGUCCGUGCGUAUCGACAGGACAAGAUCGUCGCAUGGCAGCAAGACUUCGACAAGCUCCCGAAGCCCAGGCUCACGCAACCUUUCGAUCGCGGGAGCCGCAAAACGUCUGCGUUUGGGUCUGUCAGAGGAUUCUUCCCCGCGCCACGGAAGCCUGGACACUAUGCACAUUAUGGGUCACUGGAGAAAGACAGUAACGUCUCUGAGGCUGAGGACAACGCACCUAUCACCAUCCGACGAGUUACCGGUGACUCCUUCACGUCCAAUUCGUCGGCAUCAGAUGCCUCAGAGUCGGAGACUCAUUCCGAGAAAACGUCAGAAGCCACGCCCGUACCUCAACAGAUACCCCAACCAGUGGCGGACGCGCAACCCGUCGUGGCUGUCAUAGAGCCGAGUCCCAGAUCCGAUGGUGACAGCGACUCCACCAUAGGUGUUGAUAGGGGAGAGGCGUUCUCGCCGGAUACUAUGAUGUCUCCGCCAGCUCCUGGUCAAGACAAGGCGGGUGCUGAUCGCUCUUCGUCCCAGCUGUCCAAAUUACCUAGGCGUUCAUUCCAUUAUCCGAACGUCGCAGAAUUGAUCAAGAAAUACCAGGACUUCCUGCCCGCGCAGGGAGUAGAAGAACUGACCAAAACUGCAUUCCCUCCGACUUCUGUUCUUUCGGACAGCGAUCAGGAGGGCUCAAGCGACAUCCCUCCCCGCGUGCGCACAAAACCUCGCCGACAAGUUCUCAGGUCAAAACCCUCUAUUUCCGACUUCGAGUCUGGAUAUGCCGCCAACGUUGCUCCGCGGUACCUGACGCACGCUAAGAGGCCACAUGGAAGUCGUAUUCCAGGGCCUCUAGUCUCAUCUUGCGACUCCCGUGCUGCAUCAAGGCAGACCUCGCCGGACAAACGGACAGCUAGCUCACGUCAUGACGCAGCCUCGAAGACAGGGAAGACCUCCCCUCCAUUGUCCCGCUCCGGCUCGGUGAUUGUUAGCGGGAAGAAGAAGGGGAAGGCCACUGCACGCGGUCUGGGUGCGGAGAAGUCGUCAUCCGCUCGUCCUACUAGUAGCUCCGGUCCGAAGCCUACUUUUAGGAGGCAACCUGGUGCAGGAAGUAAAGUUUCCAACAUCGCCAAACACUUUGAACGUAUCAGUCGGGACAAUGAACGUACGACCCGCCGAUACGCCGUCAUUCGGGGACGACGCCCUCGUCCAGUCGCAAACGCUCGAGCUAAAGUCGAAGUCUUGGAUAGCAUCAAAGACGCUAUCCGUGAUGAGGCUGAGAGCUCGGAUUCAAGUGAAGCUGAUGACGAAGGGGAGGGCGAAGAGGAACCACAGCAGAAAAAGCGCACAGAAUCGCCUAUGGCUGACGCAACUACGGAGGAGUCCGCAAAGACAGGACCGGACAGUACUGCGACUCCAAGCACUGUUCCGGAUGAGACGAAGCAAGUCGAAUCGGAAGAACAGCCAUCUGUACCCUCCGUUCAGGUUCCUGACCAGACCGCACCUUCUGUCUCAAGUUCACCAGUGCUGACAGCAAUGACACAUGGUCCUGCACCCCCGACGUCCCCGGCUCCGGAGCUCGAAGUCGGGCCUGGAGGUACUGAACGGCAUUCUAUCCUGAAAGCGUUAUCCGGAUUCUGGCCACAACCGGUCCCUCAACCCCGGCAGCGUACAGAGGCGGAUGCUGAAGACCCAAUGUCUGAUCCAGAACACAUCUUCCGUCAUUCCUCUAUGGUCGUCAGGACUGAUGAACCAACGUCUAUCAUUGCACUCGCUUUGAACUCUCCUCAGUACCGUGAUAUGUUGUCGAGAUCGAGAGCGGAGAAGCGCCUGACAAAGGAGCCGAGGCUGACCGAUGGUGGUGAAGCCUUCAUGCCUGACGACAAAUCGGUCGCCGAGUCGACUUCUACCUGGGGAGUUGUCAAUGUGGACAGUUCAGACGACUGGGAUCCUACGCAGGACUUGCGAGUUCCGUCCUCGAAGCAACCUUGGGCGAUUUCUUUCGAGAGCGGUGGCUUGACUAUCAGCUGCACGGUCCUUUUCCCAGAACAAUUCGACGCGCUCCGCCGUACGUAUGACUGUGAGCGCAGCAUGAUCGAGUCGCUUUCGAGGUGCGUGAAGUGGAAUACCAGCGGAGGCAAGUCAGGAUCAGUGUUCUUGAAGACCCUCGAUGACCGAUUCAUCGCGAAGGGUCUGUCACGUCCUGAGCUGCAAGCCAUGGAGACUUUUGGCCCCGCUUAUUUUGACUACAUGUCGUCGGCUGUCGUGGCAGACCGGCCUACAUUGCUCGCGAAGAUCUUUGGUUGCUUCAAGAUUACAUUCCGCAAGACCCAUAGUCACGAAGGCACCAGCAAAGCUAAAGUGACACAGAUGAAUCUGCUGGUCAUGGAGAAUCUGUUCUAUGAUCGCCGUUUCUCGAAGAUCUACGACCUGAAAGGCUCCACUCGCAACCGCCAUGUCCACGCGACCGGUCGGGAGAACGAAGUACUGCUAGACGAGAACUUGGUAGAGACUGCUCAUUUGUCUCCUUUCUACCUCCGCGAACACUCUAAGCGCAUCCUCCGGGGCGCUCUAUACAACGAUAGCAAGUUCCUUGCUGACAUCAAUGUCAUGGACUACUCCUUGGUUGUAGGUGUGGAUAGCACCAAUAAUGAACUGGUCGUUGGGAUUGUCGACUACAUCCGCACGUAUACCUGGGAUAAGAAGCUGGAAAGCUGGGUCAAGGAUUCUGCCUUCCUUGGGGGAGGAACCAAGGGCGAGCCUACUAUCAUCGGCCCGAAGCAGUACAGGCAACGCUUCCUCAGUGCGAUGGAGCGAUAUUUCCCCUUGGUGCCAGAUAGGUGGAUGAAGCAGCACGACUUUCCAGAGGAAGAAGGCAACGCCCUUCUUGACUUGUGGCCAGACUGGUAAACGAACUGAAUCCAACACGACCUCUCAACGAACUCUUGACGUUUGCCAUUGCCUCAUCUUGCUUUCGUGAUCAUCCCUCAUCCACGUCCGUGUAACAUUACAAUGAUCCCAUCCAAUGCCGUC